AUGGGAGGACGUCUGCGAAACUUGUGGUCCGGCGAGGAGGAGCGGGCGGUGGGGAGGCCGCGGGCGGUGCCGGUCGCUGCCGGCUGGACAGUCCGCCCGGAGGUCCUCCCGCAGCGGAGGGCGGGUGUCCGCCGGCGGAAGUACGCCCCCGUGAGGCCCAACGAACGCGAGGCCGUCGCCCUCCCCCACCCGGGGCAGAGUUACAACCCCUGCGAUGACGACCACCAGCAGGCACUACGUACAGCCGUCAAGCAGCUCGAACGGAAGAAGAAGGCGGAUGAGAAGUUUGUUGCCAUGAUCACACACGGACGCGAUAUGGAAAUCACUGGAAACUUCUCAGCCGAUAAGACAUGGGAAGAAGAGGUGCAGGAUCAGCCUACCCAAGAGAAGCAGAAACGAGAUGGAGAGAAAAAGAAGAAGGUGUCGUCGCCUAAUAAUACCGUCAUUACUACUGCUAAUGGUAGUAGUCGUAGCAGUAAUAAGACGAUGACUGCCGCCUCUGAAGAUACAACGGUGGUGGUAGAUGAAAACAAUAAAGCUCUUGAUGUCUCGAGCAAAGAUAAGAAAAAAGAUAAGAAAAAGGAUAAAAAAAAGAAAAAGAAGAAAACUGCUACGAAAGCAUCCCUCCAAGCAGCUAAGCAUGCGUUGCCACAUCGUCGUCACCCAAAACGAGAGGUCGCUAUUGCUGAAGUGGAUGACCUUGAUGAUAUCUUAGCCACACAUGAGAAACGCCAGGCACGUCGCGAUGCCGCAAGGGAGCGACGCCGUGAAGCAAAACGUGCAAAUCUACAAGUAAAGACUUUUGGACGUUACCAUCAUACACCGUUAGCCCUGGAUGUUGCCCCAAGCGAUAAACUUGUCGAAUCCCUCCGACAUCUGAAUGGCAGCUUUGUACAUCCUGUUAUGGAACGCAUGAAGUCACUGGAGGAACGUAAUCUUAUACCUGCCCGUAUGCGACACAAGUAUAAUAAGCGAAAGAUAUUGAAACCUAAGGGAGAGGUACGUGUGAAGCGUGAAACCUUUGGCGUACUUCCCGAGACGAGUUUCUAA